UCACUCACUCAUCUAGUCCACUUCCCAACUUCGUGUUCAACUUCCCACGUUCAACUUCCCACGACUCUUACGAAUCACUCUCCAUACCUUAGCAUCUCCCACGAACACCCACAAAAAUUCUCAAUAUGGCCCCAGCGAUCGGAAUUGACCUGGGCACCACCUACUCCUGCGUGGGCAUCUUUCGGGAUGACCGCAUCGAGAUCAUUGCAAAUGAUCAAGGCAACCGCACAACACCCUCCUUCGUCGCCUUCACCGACACCGAGCGUCUCAUCGGUGAUGCUGCAAAGAACCAAGUCGCCAUGAACCCCGCAAACACCGUCUUUGAUGCGAAGCGCCUCAUCGGGCGUAAGUUCGCCGAUGCGGAAGUUCAGGCCGACAUGAAGCAUUUCCCCUUUACCGUCAUUGACAAACAAGGAAAACCUUACGUGGAGAUUGAGUUCAAAGGCGAAAAGAAGCAGUUCUCGCCCGAAGAGAUCUCGUCCAUGGUCCUCACCAAGAUGCGCGAGACAGCCGAAUCGUACCUCGGUGGUACUGUGAACAACGCCGUGGUCACCGUUCCCGCAUACUUCAACGACUCCCAGCGCCAGGCAACCAAGGACGCCGGUCUCAUCGCUGGUCUCAACGUCCUCCGUAUCAUCAACGAGCCCACGGCUGCCGCCAUCGCGUAUGGUCUUGACAAGAAGCAGGAGGGUGAGAGGAAUGUGCUGAUCUUCGAUCUGGGUGGCGGUACUUUUGAUGUGUCAUUGCUCACCAUCGAGGAGGGCAUUUUCGAGGUCAAGUCCACCGCCGGUGACACACAUCUCGGAGGAGAAGACUUUGACAACCGUCUCGUGAACCACUUUGCCAACGAGUUCAAACGCAAGAACAAGAAGGACCUCACGACCAACGCGCGCGCUCUCCGUCGUCUCCGCACCGCCUGCGAGCGUGCGAAGCGCACUCUCUCCUCCGCCGCCCAGACUACCAUUGAGAUCGACUCAUUGUUCGAGGGCAUCGACUUCUACACCUCCAUCACCCGUGCCCGCUUCGAGGAGCUGUGCCAGGAUCUCUUCCGUUCCACCAUGGAGCCUGUCGAGCGCACCCUCCGUGACGCGAAGAUUGACAAGUCUUCCGUCCACGAGAUCGUCCUGGUCGGCGGUUCCACCCGUAUCCCCAAGAUCCAGAAGAUGGUGUCCGACUUCUUCAACGGCAAGGAGCCCAACAAGUCCAUCAACCCCGACGAGGCUGUCGCCUACGGUGCCGCCGUCCAGGCCGCCAUCCUCUCCGGAGACACCUCCAGCAAGUCUACCAACGAGAUCUUGCUGCUCGACGUCACCCCGCUGUCCGUCGGUAUCGAGACUGCUGGUGGUGUCAUGACUGCCCUCAUCAAGCGCAACACCACCAUUCCCACCAAGAAGUCCGAAGUCUUCUCCACCUUCUCCGACAACCAGCCCGGUGUGCUCAUCCAGGUGUUCGAAGGAGAGCGCGCCAGGACGAAGGACAACAAUCUCCUCGGCAAGUUUGAGCUGUCUGGUAUCCCGCCUGCGCCUCGCGGCGUCCCCCAGAUUGAGGUCACCUUCGACAUGGAUGCCAACGGAAUCAUGAACGUCUCUGCUCUUGAGAAGGGCACCGGCAAGACCAACAAGAUCGUCAUCACCAACGACAAGGGCCGUCUCUCCAAGGAGGACAUCGAGCGCAUGUUGGCCGAGGCCGAGAAGUACAAGGAGGAGGACGAGGCCGAGGCUGCCCGUAUCCAGGCCAAGAACGGUCUCGAGUCGUACGCCUACUCGCUCAAGAACACCCUCAGCGACAGUAAGGUCGACGAGAAGCUCGAAGCCGGCGACAAGGAGAAGCUGAAGGCCAAGAUCGACGAGGUCGUUGCCUGGUUGGACGAGAGCCAGACCGCCACCAAGGACGAGUACGAGUCUCAGCAGAAGGAGCUUGAGGCCGUCGCCAACCCGAUCAUGAUGAAGUUCUACGGCGCUGGCGGCGAGGGUGGUAUGCCCGGCGGCAUGCCCGGCGGUGGCAUGCCCGGCGGUGCUCCCGGCGGCUUCCCCGGUGCCGGCGGUGCUGGCGGCGACGACGGCCCGACUGUGGAGGAGGUCGACUAAACGCCUUACCAACCUGCCUUUCUGCAUGAUCACUUCUUUGAUUGCAUGGCACUACGGCGUUUAGAUUACGACGGGAUAAAGUCGGGCGGAAAAGCAUCAUGGGUUCUUGUUGCUUGUACUGAUAGUUAGCUUGCCUCGAGUUGGAAGAGGUUCACAAAUGAAAUGCUUCAAUCA